AUGGAGCUGCUGGCACUUCUCCGCUUUGCCGUGACUCGGCUGCGGGUGCUUCGACUGGGCUUCAUGUACCUGCAAAAUGUCUCUUUUGGUGACCGCGAGUGCAAGCUGGCACAGCGUGUGAUGUCGGGGAUGGGCUACAAGCUUAGCGGCGUGUUCACUGUGAAGAGUUCUUUAACUGGUGAGGCCGACCCGAAGGAGUUCGAUGCUGCGUGGGAGCGGUUUGCUGUGACUCGGCCGCAGGCUGUGAUUGUGUUUGGCUCGCCGUUAUCAGACACCGCGAAGUUCAUUGUGAAGAUGCUGACGGACGACCGCACCGCUAGCGCGUACCUGCUGGUUCCCUCGGCGCUGCAGGAGCGUUGUUGUGGAGACUUGGCGUGCUGUCGUGGCUGA